AUGUGGAUGUGCAAAGGGGAUCUGUUGACAACUCGCCCUGCUCGGGUCUGUGAAGGAAUAGCUGAGUUCGAAGAGUCUCUAAUGCACACGUGCACAGUUUAUGGUAGUAGAAAUGGCCACAAACAUUCAUCAAAGUAUGAGCCCAAGCUCUCCUCGCUUCAUGUCUCUGUGAUUGGGGCACCAGUGCAUGACAUUGGGAAGCACUGGAUUGAUCUAUCGAAUUUGCUUUCUCUUACUUUUGAGGAGUUAGAUGAGGAUAAGAGGAUGUUAUGUGUUCCUAAUAUUGUGGGGGAAAGAAGACCAAUAGUUACAGAACAUCUUGCUGGUUUUGAUGGGACUAAUGGAACCAAUCGUCUACAUAUGCUUGGUAGUGUCCAAAGAUAUUCAAGUCGAGGAUCACAUCGUCAGUCCCAGUCUUUAGAUCUUCAAUUUCUUGACCAAAUUUCUCCAAAUCAGGAACUUCUCCAAUCUAUAAUUCUUUUGCAUCGGACACUGGAUAAGGGAAAGAUGGGUAAUUCGGUGGCGUUUGAUUUCUUCCAUGAAGAUUUGGAGUCCCUUACCUCAAAGUCUGGCUCCUCUUCUGAGUCUGUGAUGGAAGUACCGGAAAUAUGUUUGAUGAUACAGAGUGUACUUUCUGUAAUUGAAAUUAUUGAUGUUGCUGAGAUUUUGGAGGGACAUGGCGUAAUUUCUGAUGAGAAUGCGGCAUGUAAUUCAAAACUUGAAGAAAGUGGUUAUAAUGAGAACAAAAAUGCCAAGGAUGAUGGAUCCAGUACAGAUGAUGAAGUUUCUGACAGUGGGCCUGAGUCUCCGAGAGAUAUUAUUUUGGGACAAGUUGAAACGAACACCUCGGCUUGGCGAAACUCCAUAUUUGAUAUUGGCAUAAUGGCAGAACAGAAAUCUAGAUGUCUUGCUCCUCCUAGUGGCUGUUCAGAGGAUUUGAUUUAUUAUUUGCUUUUCAAGAAGGCGAAAGGAAGCAUGAAUUCUCCUUGCACUAGCUCUGGUGGAUUUGGAAGUCCAGUCUGUAUUCCGGCACAAGAACAACUGAAAUUACCUUCUCUUGAAGAAGGCCAGGUCCAAUUAUUCGGACAAAGGAUGGUGGCUUCUUACGUUCAAUGA